AUGUCUAUGGGAUCUGUUAAUCAAACAUUACUGUCUAUGAGAUCAAACUAUAUGUCUAUGGGAUCUGUUAAUGAAACAUUACUGUCUAUGAGAUCAAACUAUAUGUCUAUGGGAUCUGUUAAUCAAACAUUACUGUCUAUGAGAUCAAACUAUAUGUCUAUGGGAUCUGUUAAUCAAACAUUACUGUCUAUGAGAUCAAACUAUAUGUCUAUGGGAUCUGUUAAUCAAACAUUACUGUCUAUGAGAUCAAACUAUAUGUUUAUGGGAUCUGUUAAUCAAACAUUACUGUCUAUGAGAAUACCUAGUCGUUGUCCUAUUCGUAUGUCAAUUCUCACUGCAUUUGAUUGCCGGAACCGUGAUGUGAAAGAGAACAGUUCUUUGCUCACCAGUGAAAAAUUAUUAAGUUUGAUAGCUGAUGUAAAGAAAUCUAAAACAUCAGAUAAGAAAGUGCCACGUGAUUAUUGGUUACUUCAAUAUUACGAUGUCCUUGAAGUUGAAGGAGUAGAAAAAUUAAUAGUCCCAGUAACAAAUGCAAUACCAGAUGUAAUGUUUUAUUGCUCAAGUGAUUCUUUGUUUGACAUUUUGUACGAAACUCAUUUAUCUAUUGGGCACGGUGGUAGAGACCGAAUGAUAAAAGAACUUAAUCGUCGUUACAAAAAUAUUACGCAAAAUAAUAUUAAGAUUUUCCUGAAUUUUUGUGAAUCUUGUCAACAAAAACGCAAAGCGGGCAGAAAAGGUGUUGUUGUUAAGACCAUGAUUUUUUCACAUAUGAAUUCAAGAUGUCAGGUUGACCUCAUAGAUUUUCAAUCACAACCUGAUGGAAACUAUAAAUUUAUUUUAGUUUAUCAAGAUCACCUUACAAAAUUCGUGGUUUUAAGACCUCUUCAAACAAAGAGAGCAGAAGAAGUUGCAGGACAGUUGCUUGAUAUAUUCCUUUUGUUUGGAGCCCCAUGUAUAUUGCAGUCGGACAAUGGAAGAGAAUUUUGUAACAAACUUAUUGAUGACUUAAAAGUAACUUGGCCAGAGCUUAAGAUCGUGCAUGACAAACCAAGACAUAGCCAAAGCCAAGGCAGUGUUUAG